AUGUGGGGGAGACGCAUCGCGUCAACCAGAUGCGCUGGACUCCGUUGUUGCCCUGCACGAGUCUAUCGACCGCUUCGGCCAGUCUCAUCGCUCUCCCGCCCCUCCCCCUCAUUUCUCCCGUCAAAACCUCACCUAGCCCCUCUUUGCUGUUCACCUCUCUACCUCCGCACACUCUCGGCUUGUUUGGCCAGACCCGCGAUAUCGUUCACUCCCGGAAGGCACUGUUCUUCUGAAUUCCGUGCCAUGGCAUUGCAGGACAGAGAGAUCCUCCCCAGCGAGGUCAAGCCCAUCCACUAUGGCAUCUCCCUUUUUGACCUUCAACUCGGCGGCUCGUGGAGCUAUAAGGGUGUCGUCAAAAUCAGCUCCAAGGUCAAUGGCCCGACAAAGGAAGUGGUCCUUAACUCGAAGGAGAUUGAAGUUCAGCACGCCGAGAUCAUAGGGACGGACGGCGCAGAAUUGGCAAAAGCAUCUGAUAUAACCUACGACAAGAAAUCAGAGCGUGUGAAGCUCAAGUUUCUUGAUGAUCUUCCUCAAUCAGAUAUCGUUGUGUCCAUCUCCUUUACCGGUACAAUGAAUAAUGCCAUGGCUGGGUUCUAUCGCUCCAAGUACAAGUCUGCAGUCGAAGCAACUCCUGAUACACCAAAGGAAGGAGACUUCCACUACAUGCUGAGCACCCAAUUUGAGUCUUGCGACGCGCGCCGGGCCUUUCCUUGCUUUGAUGAACCGAAUCUCAAAGCUACGUUUGACUUUGAGAUUGAAGUUCCCAAAGGCCAAACGGCGAUCAGCAACAUGCCGGUCAAGUCGGAAAGAAGCGGUAGUAAACCCGAGCUUAAAGUUGUUUCUUUCGAUACGACCCCUGUGAUGAGCACCUACCUCCUGGCCUGGGCAGUUGGUGACUUUGACUAUGUCGAAGCUCUGACAGAACGUAAAUACCAAGGGAAGAGCAUCCCUGUCCGUGUUUACACGACCAAGGGUCUCAAAGAACAGGCCCGGUUCGCUCUUGAAUGUGCUCACAGGACUGUUGACUACUUUUCCGAGGUUUUUGAGAUUGAAUAUCCAUUGCCCAAGGCGGACCUCCUGGCCGUGCAUGAGUUUGCCAUGGGGGCCAUGGAAAAUUGGGGUCUUGUGACAUACCGCACGACUGCUGUUUUGUUCGACGAGGGCAAAUCAGAUACCCGCUACAAGAAUCGAAUUGCCUACGUCGUUGCACAUGAACUGGCCCACCAAUGGUUCGGCAACCUGGUGACCAUGGACUGGUGGGAUGAGCUCUGGUUGAACGAAGGGUUUGCCACAUGGGUUGGAUGGCUCGCUGUCGACCAUUUCUAUCCAGAAUGGAACAUCUGGUCUCAGUUUGUGGCUGAGGGUGUCCAACAAGCGUUCCAGCUUGACUCGUUGCGUGCCUCCCACCCCAUUCAAGUACCAGUGAGAAAUGCUCUAGAGGUCGAUCAAAUCUUUGACCACAUCAGCUACCUCAAGGGAAGCUCGGUAAUCCGCAUGCUAAGUACACACCUUGGCCGAGAGACGUUCCUUAAAGGAGUAGCCCAGUACCUAAAGGCUCACGCAUACGGCAAUGCCACCACUAAUGACCUCUGGUCUGCCCUGAGCGAGGCAUCCAAACAGGACGUUAACAGCUUCAUGGACCCCUGGAUUCGCAAAAUCGGAUUCCCAGUCGUAACUGUCGUGGAAGAGACUGGAAAGGUCAAUGUACGCCAAAACCGAUUUCUUUCAACUGGAGAUCCCAAACCAGAAGAAGACCAGACAACUUGGUGGAUUCCCCUUGGCAUCAAGUCCGGCACAGAACUAGUGGCCCAGAAACCUCGUGCUCUGGUUUCCAGAGCGGACACCAUUGAGGGUAUUGGAGAGGAUUCAUUCUAUAAGAUUAACAAAGACCUGUCGGGAUUUUAUCGAACCAACUACCCAGCCUCUAGACUAGAGAAGCUCGCCCAAUCCCUUGAUUCACUCAGUACUGAGGAUAAGAUCGGCUUGAUUGGUGAUGCUGCUGCUCUUGCUGUCUCUGGAGAAGGAUCCACCGCUGCCCUGCUGUCGUUGUUGGAGGGCUUCAAAGAUGAAAAGAACUACUUGGUCUGGUCUCAGAUUUCGUCUUCUGUUGGCAACUUGCGGUCCGUCUUCUCCCAAAAUGAAACUGUAGCCCAAGGCUUGAAGAACUUUGCUCGAGCUUUGUCCUCCCCCGCAGCCGACAAGGUCGGUUGGGAAUUCAAGCCGGAUGAGGAUUACCUCACCGUACAGCUCCGGAAGCUUUUGAUCUCAAUGUCAGGCCUUGCAGGCAACGAAAGCAUCGUCGCCGAGGCCAAGCGUCGAUUUGACCUUUGGGCCACAGGAAAAGACAAGGGCGCCGUGCACACCAACCUCCGCUCCACGAUAUUUAGUAUUGCGGUAUCCGAGGGCACACGCUCCGAAUUUGACGCUGUGAAAGACGAAUAUCUCAAGACUGAUUCCGUCGAUGGAAAGGAGAUUUGCCUUUCUGCCCUCGGACGCACAAAGAACGCCGAGCUGGUCAACGAAUAUUUGGACUUUGUAUUCUCAGACAAAGUCGCGAUCCAGGAUGUCCACAACGGUGCAGUUUCCUUGGCCGCCAACUCCAAGGUUCGCCACCUGCUGUGGGAAUACUUGAAGAACAACUGGAAGUUCGUAGAGGCCCGCCUUUCUGCGAACAAUGUUGUUUUUGAGCGCUUUGUGCGAAUGGGUCUGUCAAAGUUCGCAGAUCAUGGCAUUGAAGGAGAUAUUGCUUCCUUCUUCCAAAACAAAGACACGAGUGUCUAUGAUCGUGCAUUGGUGAUUGUGGCGGACAGCAUCCGAACCAACGCCAACUACAAAGAGAGAGAUGAGAAACAGGCUCUGGAAUGGCUUCAGACCCAUGGAUACGCUUGA